AGCACCUGCCUUAACCCUCCACCGCCACCUCCAUCCCCUCUGCCUGCCCAGCCCAGGACCUCGUCUGUGCCGCCGCCGCCAUCAUGUGCGACUGUUUCCACCUGGCCUUCCCCAACUGGCACGCUGCCUCCUCAGAAACGGGAGCUGGGCGAAGGCUGCGAGGACCAGAAGCUGCCACAGAGGACGAUUCAACAUGUGAAGAACCAUCUCAGUUCACGGAGAGGGAGCGACCGCGACCGCAAGGAUCGUCCCCCGUCGAGGAGUUUCCUGAAAGUGACAAAUACGGCGACAGUGACAAAGAGUGUGAAGCAGAGCAUGACCAUAAAAGCGGGAGUGGAAAGAAACCUAAAAAGUCUGGGCUUGGAUCCAUGUUUGAGAAGCGUUCAACUCCAAAGAUGAGUAAACUGAAGGAGGUUCACAGCCCUGAGUCGGAAGUGAUUGUGAAAACAGCCAAAGAUGGAUGUGCAGAGGGUCUCGUUUAUGGUGGAGGAGGAAGAGAGGGUAUCUUCAUCAAACAAGUGGUGCCAGAGUCACCGGCAUCGAAAAGUUUGAAAGUGAAAGAAGGUGAUCAGAUUCUGAGUGCCACCGUUUAUUUCGACAACGUGACCUACGAGGAUGCCAUUCAGAUUCUGGAGCACGCUCAGGCUUACAAACUGAAGCUUUGCUUGAAGCGCAAACCGGACAUCACAGAGACUGAACCAGUCAUCGAAUCUGAUGUCAUCCUUGAGGAAGAGCUCGACACUCCAGAGAUGAGGGAGCAAGGAAAAACCAAAAGAAGAGGAGAUGCCCGCAUUUCGUGGCCCAAGUUUCCCUCCUUUGGAAAAGGACGAAAAUCACGUUUUGCAAGAUCUCACAGUUCCUCAGAGGCUGAUGAGCAGAGAAAACUUGAGCUUAGCCCAACAACAAGUGACACAGAGUCCCCUAUAAAAUCUCAGGACGCUCUCAAAGGCAAGAAGAAGCAUAAAAUGAAGCUGUCUUUGACAAAGAGAAGCCGUAUAAGUUCAUCUGAAGACCAGGACACCGACGCACCAACAACCGGCCAGACCAGCAGUGAUGUUCAUCAGGCAGGAGAGUCAGAUAUGCUUGCAGCUGAGUGCCUUGAAAGCCCCUCAGGAGAAACACCGCAAGUCUACGUGACAGAGGAUCUGAAGGUAAAGGAAGAAUUAAAAUUGGAACAAAACAUCCCUACACUGACUGAAACUCAAACUACUCAGCAUAAAGUAGAACUCAUCAGUAUAGAUAGUACUCUGAAAACAACAGAUCUAACUGUGGGGCUGACAAAUCAAGAAAGCCCCACCAAGUCUCCUGAUGGGAAGAAAAAGAAGAAAGAAAAGUCUGAAUUAAAGAUUAAACUUUUGGGGAAGGACAAAUCCCAAAAGAAAGAAGCAAAAGCCAAAUCCUCACCAAAAAGGCUAAAAACACUGGGGGCAAGUUUUGAAAUAGCGGAUCAACCUGAAAAUCAAAAGACUGGAGACCAACCCGCACUUGAUGUCAAUACCCAAAUGAAAGUCCCAAAAGUGGAACUUGAAGUAUCAGAUGUUGCAUUUCCACAAAAAUCUCCAAAGAAAGGUCAAGAAAAAACACAGAAAGGCAAAGCCAAACAAAAACAAGAGACUAAGUCAAGUACAAUAUUCAAACUGCCUAAAGUAGGCUUGAGCGAUAUUUCUCCUGAGGAAAUCAUUCAAAAAACGAGCAUAAAUGUUGAAGAUUGCACAACUAAAGUUCAACAGCUCCCAACCAAAGGUGCAGAAGUCAAAGAAGACCCUUAUGAGAUACUUUCAAAAAGCAGUGUUUCCAGAACGCAGCUUCCAAAACGUGAAGACAUUGAGAUUCCAGGUAUGGAAGACAUGUCCAGGAAAACCACAGCCAAAGGAAUUAAAGAGCCUAAAGCUGUUUAUACAGGAUAUCAUGAAGAAAUUCACGCUGAAACUGUACAAAUGUCAAUUGAUGUUGACAGUGUGAAGGAAGCAGUUUCGAAAUUGCCUGGAUUCAAGCUGCCAAAGGUUGAUACGUCUGGGGUGCCUAUUCCAGAGGAAAUUACUGUGAUAGAUGCAAAUGCACAAAGAAUAUCAGUGAAAACACCUACUAAAGUGGUAGAUAACAAGGCAAAACAUGAGGUACACUUCACAAAGUUUGACAUAGCUGCCCCUCCAGAGAUCUCCAAGAUGACAGUCAAACUACCAAAGAUCACACCUGCUGAUUUCACCUCAGAGGAGCUUUUAGUUGCAACCAAGGUAGAUUGUAAUAAAACUCAAAAGGAACACAAAACUAAGACAAAACAGAGCGACAAAGACAUCAAAACCAGGGAAUGUAAAAGAGAUGAAAUUGUAAUACCUGGAAAAGAAAGUGCACCAGGAGUGUCUACUAUUCGGACACAAGAAACAGAGGCUAUUCAGUUGGAAUAUGAAUCUGCAGCUACAAAAGAAUCAGAGAAGAAAUCAAAAAAGGCAAAGAUAACAAUGCCUAGCUUUGGAAUCGGAAAACCAGACAUAAGAAUCCCUGAUAUAGGAAUUGACUUGCCAAAACAAAGGAUCUCAGAGCAAAAAGGUGAUGCAGUAAAAGGGGGAAAGACUACAGUUCUCCAAGAAGAAAAGACAUCAGAAAGUGAAACAAGGAAAGGCAAGGAGCAGAUUAGAGGAGUCAUGUGCGAUGUCAAAAUACCUGAAAUCGAUGGUAUUGAAUAUAUUGAUUCGACAGAAGGUUCACCUGCCAAAAUGGAUGGUGGUACUCGGCUUACAGGCUUUGAUGUUAACCUUGAAGCAAAACCAAAGGUUGACAUUUCCUUUCCAGAGGUCAAACAUGAAGUAAAGGAUGUAAGAGUUAAACUGCCCAAAUUUGAAGCAAGUGUGCCUGAUGGGGAUAAGAAUAUAAACAUUGAUGGAGUUGAGAUAAAAACUCUUGAAAGAGAAGAAAAAGGCAGCAAGUUUAAAGUGCCAAAUCUUGGCAUCUCCAUGCCAAAAGUGAAAGGACCGAAAGUUGAUUUAAGUUUGUCAAAGAAAGACGCACAGGCUAAAGCUGAAGUACAACUUCCAGAAGCCCCUCAGACUGAUGUUUCUCUUGGACGCAUGAAUGUUUCUAUUCCAGAGCAAAAGAUAGAGGUCCAAAAACCUGAACUUGAAAUCAAAUCACUGGAGAUUGAAGGUGGACUUGAUGGACAAGGAAGCAAGUUUAAAAUGCCAAAGCUGGGAAUCGCAAUGCAAAAAGGAAAAGGGCCUGAAUUUGAUUUGAGCUUGUCAAAGAAAGAUGCUGAUGUCGCACUACCAGAAGCCAAGGGGAAGCUCCCUGGUGUUGAACUAAAGGAUUCCUCUGCAAAAAUCGAAAUUCCAGCUCCUGAAAUUGAAGCUGUAGAAAAAGAUGCAGAAGGAUCACCAUCAAAAUUUAAAAUGUCAACUUUCAAACGGCCCAAAUUUGGAGCGGGAAUUAGUACUCCAGAGGUCAGGUCUGCAGUUAACACUGCAGCACCCAACACUGACGUGGAAGGCCCUUCAGUUAAUUUAAAAACUACAGGAGCUGAGCAUGAGGGAAAAGGAAGCAAGUUUAAAAUGCCACAUCUAGGUUUCUCUAUGCCAAAGGUGAAAGGACCCAAAAUUGACUUAGGCUUACCAAAGAAACACAUAGAUACCACAUUACCAGAGGCCGAAGCAGAUGUCAAACUUCCAGAUGUCAAUCUUGGAGAAGGAGAUGUUUCAAUUCCAGAGGUGAUGAUGGAGGUCAAAAAACCUGAACUGGAAAUGCAGACCCUGCAGACCGAAGGUCAACUUGAUGGACAAGGAGGAAAGUUCAAAAUGCCAAAGUUUGGAAUGUCAAUGCCGAAAGUAAAAGGACCCGAAUUUCAUCUAGGACCUUCAAAGAAAGAUGUAGAUGUCACAACACCAGAAGUAAAAGCCGGCAUCUACCUUCCUGAUACUGAACUGGAAACACCUUCCACAAAAGUAGCAAUUAAAGCUCCUGACAUUGAAAUUGCAGGUAAAGAUACAGAAGGAUCCUCGUCAACAUUUAAAAUGCCAAAUUUAAGCCUCUCUUUGCCUAAAGUUAAAGAGCCUGAUAUAAAUUUGAGCUUAUCAAAGCAAGAAACAGAUAUCACAUUGCCAGAGGCUGAAGCUGAGGUCAAAUUCCCAGAAGCCUCUAAACGUGAUGUCAGUCUUGUAAAAGCAGAGGUUGUGAUACCAGAGGCAACAGUGGAAGUUAAAAAACCUGAAGUGCAAAUCAAACCUUUGCAGACUGAUGUUGAACUUGAUGGGCAAGGAGGCAAGUUUAAAAUGCCAAAGUUUGGAAUCACCAUGCCAAAAGUAAAGAGGCCUGAAAUUGAUUUGAGUUUAUCAAAGAAAGAUGUACAUGCAAUACUACCAGAGGCUAAAGCUGACGUUAAACUUAAGAAGGGCCCUGAAGUUGAUGUUGAGAUUGAAGGUGAACUUGAUGGACAAGGAAACAAGUUUAAGAUGCCAAAGCUUGGAAUUAAAAUGCCAAAAAUAAAAGGCCCUGAAUUUGAUGUAAGCAUGUCAAAGAAAGAUGCAGAUGCAGCGGUACAACUCCCUGAAGCCCCUAAGACUGAUGUUACUCUUGGAAGCAUAGAUGUUACAAUUCCAGAAGCAAGGAUAGAGGUUAGAAAGCCUGAACUGGAAAUCAAACCAGCUCAAACUGAAGGUGAAACGGAUGGACAAAGAAGCAAGUUCAAAAUGCCAACGUUGGGAAUGUCAGUGCCAAAAGUUAAAGGACCUGAAGUUGAGUUCAGUUUAUCUAAGACAGACAUAGACAUCACACUACCAGAAGCCAAAGCAGAAGUCACUAUGCCUGGUGCUGACAUAAAAGAACCCUCUGCUAAGGUGGACUUCAAACCUGCUGAGGUUGAAGGUCAAUUAGGUAAUGUGAAAGGAUCACCAUCAAAAUUUAAAUUGCCCACAUUCAAAUUUCCCAAAUUUGGUGUCACUGCACCACAUAUCAGUGCUGAAAUACCUGAUACAGACAAAGAUAUCAGAAUUGAUGGUGGUGACAUGCACAUAUCAGACAUAGAUGUGACACUACCAGAGACCAAAACUAAAGUUAAACUUCCUGAUGUUGAACUGAAAAAACCUUCUGCUGAAGUGGAAGUCAAAGGUCCCGAGAUCAAGGUUGUGAAGAAGGAGAGGGAAGGAUCACCAUCCAAAUUUAAGAUGCCGACAUUCAAAUUACCAAAAUUUGGAGUUGGUAGUCCAAGUGUCACAGCAGAAGUACCAGAUGUUGACAAAGGUAUCAAAAUAGAUGGAAGUGAUAUUAAAGUUCCUGAGGAGGUUCUUACAGUUAGUGUUGCAGCCCCAAGCAUUGAUGCAAAAGGCCCUUCAAUAGAUAUAACAAGCAUGGGAACCAAACUUGAAGGCAAAGAAGGCAAGUUUAAAAUGCCAAAUCUCGGAUUUUCUGGAUCUCAAGCCAAAGGGCCAGACAUUGAUUUAAGCUUAUCAAAGAAAGAUAUAGACGUAUCACUACCAGAGGCCCAAGCUGAAGUCAAAUUUCCUGAUGUUGAACUGAAAAAAUCUUCUGCUGAAGUGGAAAUCAAAGCUCCUCAGAUCAAAGUUGGGAUGAAAGACAGAGAAGGCUCACCAUCCAAAUUUAAGAUGCCGACAUUCAAAUUACCAAAAUUUGGAGCGGGAACACCAAGUGUCACAGCUGAAGGACCUGAUGUGGAUAAAGAUGUCAAAAUAGAUGGAGUUGACAUUAAGGUUCCUGAGGAGGCUCUUGCAGUUAGCGUUACAGCACCGAGCAUUGACACAAAAGGUCCAUCAAUAGACAUUAAAACUACAGGAACUGAACACGAAGGGAAAGGAAUCAAGUUUAAACUGCCAAGCCUUGGAUUUUCUGGGUCUCAAGUUAAAGGGCCAGAUUUUGAUUUAAGCCUAUCAAAGAAAGAUGUCGAUGUGACACUACCAGAGGCCAAAGGUGAAGUCAAACUCCCUGAUGUUGAACUGAAAAAAUCAGCUGCUGAAGUGGAAAUCAAAGCUCCUGAGAUCAAAGCUGGUACAAAGAAAACAGAAGUAUCACCAUCCAAAUUUAAGAUGCCAACAUUCAAAUUACCAAAAUUCGGAGCUGGAACCCCAAGUGUCACAGCAGAAGGACCUGAUGUAGACAAAAGUUUCCAAGUAGAUGGAGCUGACAUUAAGGUUCCUGAGGAGGUUCUUUCAGUUACCAUUGCAGCACCAAGCAUUGACACAAAAGGUCCAUCAAUAGACAUAAAAAGUACUGGAACUGAACGUGAAUGGAAAGGAAGCAAGUUUAAAAUGCCAAGUCUUGGAUUUUCUAUGUCUCAAGCCAAAGCACCUGAGAUAGAUUUAAGCUUAUCAAAGAAAGAUGUAGAUGUGACACUACCAGAGGCCAAAGGUGAAGUCAAACUCCCUGAAGUUGAACUGAAAAAACCUUCUGCUGAAGUGGAAGUUAAAGCUCCUGAGAUCAAGGUUGAGACCAAGGACACAGAUGGAUCACCAUCAAAAUUUAAGAUGCCGACAUUCAAAUUACCAAAAUUUGGAGUUGGUACAUCAAGUGUCACAGCAGAAGGACCUGAUAUGGACAAAGAUGUUAAAAUAGAUGAAGGUAACAUCAAGGUGCCUGAACAAGUUCUUGCAGUUAACAUUGCAGCUCCAAGCAUUGACACAAAAGCUCCAUCAACGGAUAUAAAAAUUUCAGGAGCUGAUCAUGAAGGAAAGGGAGGCAAGUUCAAACUGCCAAGUCUUGGAUUUUCUAUGUCCCAGGCCAAAGCACCUGACAUAGAUUUAAGCUUAUCAAAGAAAGAUGUCGAUGUGACACUACCAGAGGCCAAAGGUGAAGUCAAACUCCCUGAAGUUGAACUGAAAAAACCUUCUGCUGAAGUAGAAGUCAAGGCUCCUGAGAUCAAAGCUGGGACUAAGAAAACGGAGGUAUCCCCAUCAAAAUUUAAGAUGCCAACAUUUAAAUUACCAAAAUUCAGUGCUGGAACUCCAAGUGUCACAGCUGAAGGGCCUGAUGUAGACAAAGAUAUCAAAGUAGAUGGAGCUGACAUUAAGGUUCCUGAGGAGGUUCUGGCAGUUACCGUUGCAGCACCGAGCAUUGACACAAAAGGUCCAUCAAUUGACAUAAAAAGCACUGGAACUGAACAUGAAGGGAAAGGAAGCAAGUUCAAGAUGCCAAGUCUUGGAUUUUCUAUGUCUCAAGCCAAACAGCCAGACAUUGAUUUAAGCUUGUCAAAGAAAGAUGUUGACGUGACGCUACCAGAGGCCAAAGGUGAGAUGAAAAAACCUUCAGUUGAAGUGGAAGUCAAAGCUCCUGAGAUCAAGGUUGGGACCAAGGACACAGAUGGAUCACCAUCAAAAUUUAAUAUGCCGACAUUCAAAUUACCAAAAUUUGGAGCUGGAACCCCAAGUGUCACAGCAGAAGGACCUGAUAUGGACAAAGAUGUCAAAAUAGACGGAGCUGACAUUAAGGUUCCCGAGGAAGUUAUUGCAAUUAACAUUGCAGCACCGAGCAUUGACACAAAAAGUCCAUCAAUAGACAUAAAAAGCACAGGAACAAAACAUGAAGGAAAAGGAAGCAAGUUUAACAUGCCAAGUCUCGGAUUUUCUAUGUCUCAAGCCAAACGGCCAGACAUUGAUUUAAGCUUAUCAAAGAAAGAUGUAGAUGUGACACUACCAGAGGCCAAAGGUGAGAUCAAACUCCCUGAUGUUAAAUUGAAAAAACCUUCUGCUGAAGUGGAAGCUAAAGCUCCUGAGAUCAAGGUUGAGACCAAGGACAUAGAUGGAUCACCAUCAAAAUUUAAGAUGCCAACAUUCAAAUUACCAAAAUUUGGAGCUGGAUCCCCAAGUGUCACAGCAGAAGGACCUGAUAUGGACAAAGGUGUCAAAAUAGAUGGAGCUCACAUGAAGGGUCCUCAGGAAGUUCUUUCCACUAAGGUUGAAGCUCCCAGCAUUGAUAUAGAAGGACCUUCAGUUGAUAUAAAAACGACUGGAGCUCUACAUGAGGGAAAAGGAAGCAAGUUUAAGCUGCCAAGUCUCGGAUUUGCUAUGUCUCAAGCCAAAGGGUCAGAUGUUGAUUUAAGCUUAUCAAUGAAAGCUGUAGAUGUGACACUACCAGAGGCCAAAGGUGAAGUGAAACUCCCUGAAGUCGAACUUAAAAAACCUUCUGUUGAAAUGGAAAUCAAAGGUCCUGGAACUGAUCUCCAGGCAAGUAAUACUGAAGGUUCACCAUCAAGGUUUAAAAUGCCAACAUUUAAAUUACCCAGAUUUGGAGCUGCUACACCAAUGGUCAGCGCAGAAGUCCCUGAUAUAGACAAAAACAUUAAAAAUGACACAGAAACCAGCACUGACACUGACGGGUUAUCUGCAGAUGUGGGAAAUAAAGGAAGUGAACUUCAUGUAUCUGGAGGCAAGUUCAAAAUGCCAAAUUUGGGCAUCUCAGUGCCCAAAGUUAAAGGACCUGAGACGAAUUUAGGCUUGGCCAAGAAAGAUGUAGAUGUGACAUUACCAGAUGUCAAAGCUGAAGUCAAACUCCCUGCUGUUGAAGUCAAACAAGUGGAGGGUGCAGUUUCAGCACCAGAUGUGAAAGCACCGAGCUGGGCAUUUCCAAGAUUUUCAUUUUCACGGCCAAGUGGUAAAACCCCUGAUGCUGAUGUCAACUUUGAAACACCAAAAAGUGAUAUUACAUCACCAGAGGCCAAAGCAGAAAUCAGUCUACCAGAUGCUGAAGUCAAAGGACCUAUUUCAACAGAAUUGCCUCCUGCUGCAGAACCUGAUACGAACUUGAAAAAACCAAGGUUUUCACUGCCCAGGUUUUCUUUUUCAAAGUCAAGCGGUAAAGAGCCUGAAGUGAGUUCCGAGCUUCCACAAGUGGAUGUAUGUAUCGCAGAGGGAGAAGUGAAAGUCAAAUACCCUGAAAUGGAAAUGAAAGCACCUGAGCUUGAAGCCGGACAAAGUGGACAAGGAAGCACAUUUAAAUUGCCAAAGUUAGGAAUCGGACAACUAAAAGCAAAAGGACCUGAAGUUGAUGCCACAGUGCCAGAAGUAAAAGCAGACAUAAAACUCUCUGAGUACAAUGUCAAAGAAUCUUCAGCUGGUGUGGAAAUGAAAGGUUCUGAGGCUGAAGCUAAGUCAAAAGAUGUUGGAGAUUCACCAUUAAAGUUUAAAAUGCCAACAUUAAAAAUGAGAUUUGGCAGUGCUAGUUAUGAUGUUACCAAAGAAGCAGCCAAUGCAGAAAAAGCAGCUGAAAUUGAUGAAGUGAAAUUGAAGGAGGAUGUUACUGUCGCUAUGAAAAGUCCCAGUGUUGAUAUUAAAACUGAUGUUCCCAAAGCAGCUGCAUCCGAUCCUGAAACACCAAAGACUGAGACUGAUGGUGUGGUUCUUGGAUCUCCAAGCAAAUUCAAACUACCAACCUUUAAAAUGCCAAGGUUAAGUUUCUCAAAACCUAAACCCGAGGACGAAUGCAGCCCUGUUGACACUGAAUGUAAAGAGGAAGAACUGAAAAAGGAAGAUGAACCAAAAGGAGAGAGCAAAUCACCAAAAUUGAGUAUGACAUCAUUUGGUGAGAUUCUCAAGAACAUUGACGUUGAAUUUGAUGUAUCAAAAACUGAAGAAAAUCUGGACGUUCAUGAGGCAGAACAACUCACUGAAAAGCAGUUAGCAGCAAAAGAAAAAGAAACAAAUACCAAGCCAGAUACGGUCAAAAGUCCUGAGAGGACGGGUUGGUUUAAAUUCCCGAGGUUCGGCCUGUCCUCCCCAUCAGAACCGGCCAAAACUUCUCCAAAAAGCGAGCAAAAGGAUGAAGAAAUAAGCCCUACCUCUUCCGUCCAGUCAUCAGACGCCUUUGCCGAUGUUAGCUCUGCAGUGACAAGUGAGAAUCUUGGCCCGUCCUUAUCUCCUCCAACCAAGGUAACUGUCAAAUACUCUGGUCCAGAUAUUUCUGACUUGGGAGAGAUUCACAGCAACAUCAUUACUUCCACCGCAAGGACUGAGCUGAUCUCAGUCGAGCCCAACUUGCCUGAGAAAAUCACCAUCCUAUCAUCUGGAGUUUCAUCUUCAUCAGAAGACACGCUCAGACUGGAUUCUGGAAAAAUACACGUCAUUACAUCAAACAUACAGGGAACUCCAGAAGCACAGCACGCCAAGCUACUGAGUGCUGUCAAAACCGAAGCAGCUGGAGGCCUUCCUUUGAAAUCAGAGGGGAAUGAAGCGGCAUCAAAGACCGUCGAAGAAUCGCCAAGCGGCAAGAGGUCGCUGUUUGAGAGUUUGAGGCACUUUUCAAGUGAGAGACGUGAGAGCAAACAAGAAACAGUCGUCAUAACUAAACAAAUUACGCAUGUUUUUGAAUCUUCCGAGCCCAUCUCGGGUGAGACAGCUUCUUCCAUUCAACGGCUGAGGGACUCUGUGCACUCUGAGAAGAUGAGGUUCUUUGAUGGAGCUGAGAAGUGAAGUCUCUAGCUGUCAUUUUUAUGUAAAGAUACAAAUACUAAUUACCAGAUUUAGUGGCUUGUGACAGAAAAACAAGAGAGAAAACAUGUUGGAUAAUGGAAGUGGUCAUUACUUACCAAUUGUUGGAAAUAAAUCGUCAAUCUUCAGGCGUUAACAUGAUGAUGGUGAUGUCCGGUUGCACGUUGUUCACCUAUAAAGAAACUAAUUAAUAUAAUUCUCACUGACAAUGCAAUCAAGUUGUUAAUAAGCUGUGUAAAUGAGUGCCCUUACAUGCAAUUUAUGACACCAAAUAUCCUCGCUUACAGUACAGACCUUUUGGGUUUUGCAUCCCAAAACUUGUCUCCUAACUUUUCAUGUACCUCUUGUUACUUGUGCUCCUACUUUACACGAAGAUAAUCACCAGUGCAUUGAAAAAUAUGACUGUUUGGGACUGUUGCAAAAAUCAAUCAAUGCUACUGACAUUCCAAAAAAAAAUGUUUACAGUAAUUUCACUAUUAAGCUAACAGUAGAGCGUAUUGACAAUGCAGAAAUGCAGUAUGUGACAGAAAAACGAAUAUGUAUCACCAAGAUGUUGUUGUUGCUGUAGCUGUAAUGUAAAGAGACACUAGCAAUGCUAAGCUAAAAAUGAAAUGCUCAUGAUCAAACACAGCAAGUGUACUGCUGGAACUAUAUUUUUUAUUAAUAGUUUGCUACUUAGAACCUAAUUUGCUACUAUAGAAAUCUGUCAAGAGUACGUUUUCCUUCAAUAUCUCUGUACAAAGUGGGAAUAUUGAACUGGCCGUGUAAAUAGCUUUUAAUGGAGUUUUAUUUCAUUACUGCUCCUGUUUGUAUUCUGACAGGCUUUAACUCAACGUGUUUGCAAAGUUAUACACAAUAAAUAAAGACUAUUAUAUGCCAAA